AUGGUAGAUUGUUUAGAUAGGAUGGCAACAAACGAAAAGAGCUUGCCCUUUGGCAAGAUUGAGCCUUACUCCCCAAAGUAUUUCACCAGCUGUGCUUUGGGGGGUAUUAUCGCUUGCGGCCCAACACACACCGCUGUCACACCCCUCGAUCUCGUCAAAUGCCGCCGCCAGGUCGACCCCAACAUCUACAAAUCCAACCUCUCCGCGUGGCGCUCCAUCUUCGCGAAAGAAGGAAUUCGCGGAGUCUUCUUCGGCUGGUCGCCCACUUUUGUCGGGUAUUCUUUCCAGGGAGCCGGUAAAUACGGUCUCUAUGAAGUGUUCAAGUACUGGUACGGCGAACAACUCUUCCCCAACACGAACCGGACACUCGUCUACCUCGGCGCCAGCGCCAGCGCAGAAUUCUUCGCGGAUAUGGCGCUCUGUCCGUUUGAAGCUAUCAAAGUCCGUAUGCAAACCACUCUCCCUCCAUACGCAUCCACUCUCCGUGAAGGGUGGAGUAAAGCCGUUGCUCAGGACGGGUUUGGUGGGUUGUACAAAGGGUUGUAUCCGCUUUGGGCACGUCAGAUCCCUUAUACCAUGACCAAGUUUGCGACGUUUGAGGAAGUGGUCAACAUGAUCUAUAGAGGGUUGGGCGGGCCCAAGGAGAGCUAUAGUAGGUUGACGCAGACGGGGGUUAGUUUUGCGGGUGGUUAUCUCGCGGGUAUUUUGUGUGCGAUUGUUAGUCAUCCGGCGGAUGUGAUGGUUAGUAAGUUGAAUGCUGAACGGAAGGCUGGCGAGAGUGCAAUGACCGCCGUCUCGCGCAUCUACAGUAAAAUUGGCUUCGCGGGACUGUGGAAUGGUCUGCCUGUCCGUAUUGCCAUGCUGGGUACCUUGACUGGUUUCCAGUGGUUGAUCUACGACUCGUUCAAGGUCUUUUUGGGUCUUCCUACCACGGGCGGUCACUAA